GAGAAGAGUGUGUGAUGCAAUCCUUAUGAGGUGUAAAUACUGUAUGAUCAGUCACGAACGUAAUUACAAAAAGUGCUGAAUUAGAUAUCAAAGUAUAAGGAACUAGGAGGAGCAGAGAAGUGAUUUAAACGGCGCGAAUUAAGUUGCAGAUAAAUCUUUUGUGAUAUUCGUUUGUGAUAAGAACAGGGACGGAAGUAUUUUCUAUCUGAUCAUUUAAAAUUUAGACAGGAAAUCUGUUCACCCGUUUAAUAACUACCGGGGGACAGGACUGGGGACGAAAGGAGUUACGGAACAAAGAGUCAGUGAGAUACAUCGCCAGCUGACCAGUGAAGUGCCAGUCAGGGACGAACAAUAUAAUUACCAACAUAUUACGUAACACACAUAAAUGGAUAACUGGACAAGGCGCGUCUUAAUUUUCCUGGCAUUAUGCGUUUUAGUGGACUCCACAGACUGGAAACAGCUAGCACAAGAGGAACUCGACAAAGCUUUGAACCGGAAACCCAACACCAACAAGGCGCUCAAUGUGAUCCUGUUUAUAGGCGACGGGAUGGGCGUGUCCACUGUGACGGCGGCCAGGAUCCUUAGGGGCCAAACACAAGGGAAACCGGGCGAGGAGACCGUCCUCGAGUUCGAGAAAUUCCCUAAUGUAGGACUUUCAAAGACGUAUGCCAAUGACAAACAGACUACGGGCUCGGCUUCCACCGCCACCGCCAUGAUGUGCGGAGAAAAGACAAACUACCGCAUUGUUGGCCUGAACGACCGCGCCAUCGCAAAGAACUGUUCUUCAACGUUCGGCAACGAAAUGCCAUGUGCUUUCCAAUGGUUUCGAGAGGAUGGACGGUCAGUAGGCGUGGUCACAACAGCGAGGAUCACACACGCUACGCCCGCUAGUGCGUACGCAAAAUCCCCGGAACGUGAUUGGGAGGUGGAUACGGCGAUGGUUGGGGUAACGGGAGGGUGUACGGACAUUGCUUCCCAACUCGUCUACAACAAUAGCUUUGCCAAGGUGAUGAUGGGAGGUGGACGCCGGUUUUUCUUGCCGAUGAAUGACACCGAUCCAGAAAGCAGCAGGGAUGUUGACGGAAAGAACGCCAAAUGGCAACGCCUUGAUGGUAUCGAUCUUACACAGGUAUGGAAGGAGAAGCACCAAGGUGAUAACGCGGAGUAUGUGUGGAACAAAUCCCAGUUUGAUGCUAUCGACGCCUCUAAGACGGAUUAUAUUCUGGGACUGUUUGAGGCGGGUCACAUGCAACACGAGUCAGAGCGAGACAAAGGGACAAACGGAGAGCCAUCCCUGGCGGAAAUGACGAAGAAGGCCAUCCAGGUCCUUCAGAAGGACAAAAAUGGUUUCUUCUUAAUGGUUGAAGAUGGAAGGAUAGACUCCGCCCACCACGACAACAACGCUAAGCGGGCGCUGUACUCGGUACUGGCUUUCGAGGACGCAGUGAAGGUUGCCACGGAGAUGACAGAUGAAAGCGACACCCUCAUAAUAGUGACAGCUGACCACUCACACGUGUUCAGCAUCGCCGGCUACCAGAAACGAGGCAACGAUAUAUUAGGUGUCAUAGACGUAGGCGAGAAAUCCGUGGCUAAAGAUGGCAUACCAUUUACCACUCUUUUGUACGGUAAUGGCGUAAGCUACGACUGGGGUAACAGGACCAACGUAUCCGCAGUAGAUACAACCGACAACGAUUAUCUCCAGGUGGCCGCAGCUCCACGUUCCUCGGAGACCCACGGAGGUGAGGACGUGUCCAUCUACGCACGCGGUCCGAUGUCACACUUGAUACACGGCGUGCACGAGCAACACUACAUAGCGCACGUGAUGACGUACGCCGCUUGUGUCGCGAACAACAAACAUCGAUGUGACAAUAUACAAAGUUACGAAAACACUGGAGCUGUAUGCAGCACACAUUCUGUUUUGAAACUAUUUGUAACGUACUUUCUGGUGAAGCUAAUAUUUAUAUGAAUGUAACACUGAUCAUGUGUUAUAGGCAUCACGGUUUAGGAAACUAAAACAUGUUAAUAGAUGCAGGAGCGUAACGCAUUGUCUUAAUUUAUAGUCGUAUACUUUAUAAACAACUUCUGUCCAACAACUACGGUUAAGCUUGCGAUUCAUCGACCUGGAAUUGGGUGGCUAAACUGAAUUUAUUAAAAUUGAUGCCGGCGCACGCUAUGCCAGGUUAAGAUUGAAAUGACAAUAAUGAAUCUCUGCUCCUUAUUGCUGUUACUUCUUGCUCAACUUAGCAAUAGGGAAAGAGAAUAUUGAUCAGUAGAAAUGUCACGCUCAUUGGCAAGGCUAAAGGUCAUGAGCUAAAGGUCAUGAGAAAAUCAUGCACAUUGAAUAAGAAAUGUAUUUCGCUUAAAAUAAAUAAACCUUGCUAUUGAAAGGUUCAGCUUAAGGUGACUAAAAAUAUUUACCAUAAUAAAUUCCAGCACCAAGCUGAAGGAUUUUGUUUUCAUAUGUGUAAAUCAGCAGGCUUUCAAUAUUGAUUUCCAUCUCUUGCGGCAAAAUUUGUGAUAAACAGAAGGACGCUUGU